GGAAAACGCACUUGGGCACGUAAGAUUUUGUCGAGUGACGCACUUUACUGACUUUAUCAGUAGUAGCCAGAAAAUGGGCUAAAUAAUUCUAUCCUAAAAAUGGGCAUAAAUAGCAUAUCAAGCAAUCAUCCAAAACUAGUCAAACCCCGGUGUAACCGUUCUCAGAUUUCUUUCUGUGCAUGGAGAUCGGAGCACAGAAAAUAAAAAAAAAGAAACUAAAUAAUUGGUAUUACGGGCAGAAGUUUAAACGUGAAAUAGUGAUUUUAACUUUUGCCGAUAGUACACAAUAAUGUGAUGAUCGUUAAAUAUAGCGACUAAAUAUGAGCCCGUUAACGUUAUAUGAAAUUAAAAAAAAUUAUCUCAGCGAUGUUUAACGUCCUUGGUCUUCCAUCUAGGCUACGUUCUUCGCUACUGUUGCUCAUUGCAUAACGUAUUUAUUGUUGCUCAUUUACAACAUAUUUAAUGUGUUGCUGGGUGUCCCUGGAUAUGUCAGAACACGUGGAAUUGCAACAUUUAGUUGAUGUUGAUGUGGAAAAUAACGCAACAGAUAGUAAAAAAACAUUUUCUAUUCUUUUAUGCAAAUCAUGCCCAUACUUGGGUUUAGUACUAGCGACGCUCUCGUCUCUGUUCUUUUCACUAUGUAGCGUUAUUGUAAAGAGUUUAGUAGAAGUGAACCCUACAGAAAUGGCAAUAUUUAGAUUUGUAGGGGUGCUAUUGCCAGCUAUACCAAUUGUAAUUUACAAAGGUGAACAUCCUUUCCCAAAAGGACGUAGACUGAUACUGAUCUUAAGAAGUUUCAUUGGUACAACAGGCCUCAUGUUAAGUUUUUAUGCAUUCAGGCACAUGCCUCUGGCUGAUGCCUCUGUUGUUGUAUUUUCCGUUCCUGUGUUUGUAGCGAUAUUUGCACGGAUAUUUUUGAAAGAACCUUGCGGGCUAUUCAACAUCCUCACUGUGUGUCUGACAUUGAUCGGUGUGAUAUUUAUAACACGACCGCCGUUAAUUUUCGGCCAUACCGUCGAGUCUCUCUCAGAUGGUCACAUUAAACCUGGACAUGCAGAUUUAUGGGGUGCCGUGGCUGCUUUUUCAGCCACUUUAUUUGGUGCAAAUGCAUACGUCUUACUACGAGCAUUGAAAGGUCUUCAUUUCUCUGUUAUAAUGACAAACUUUGGUUCCUUUGCUUUAAUACAGACGACACUUAUAUCAUGGGCUAUUGGUACAUUAUGUUUACCACGCUGUGGUACAGAUAGACUUUUAGUCGUUGCGCUCGCACUGUUUAGUUUUGCAGGUCAAAUCUUACUGACCCUAGCUCUCCAGAUUGAACAAGCUGGUCCGGUAGCCAUAGCAAGAUCCACAGAUAUUGUCUUUGCUUUUUUCUGGCAAGUCUUAUUCUUCAAUGAGAUACCAAACCGAUAUUCUGUAGGAGGUGCAAUAUUGGUCACAAGUUCAGUUUUGUUAACGGGACUGAGAAAAUGGGCUCUUUCGUUACCAGAAACGUCUAGUAUCAAAAAGUCUCUUGGAAUUUUGGUGAUGUAAACAAUAAUCUUAACGUCGAAAGAGAUAGAGUAAAAAGGUAUUUAUUAAAACAGAUCGUGCAUUACGAAAAGAAAUAACGAGGGAGCUGUGUUAACUGAAUAGAAAAAUAUUCUUAUGAGUAAAAACGAAUAUCUAUUUUUAAAUUCUGUGAACUUAUAUAAGAAAAGACUC